UCUGUAGUUGAGAGCAGGCAGAACAGGAUGAAAUGUAUCAAAACAGACGUCAACGCUGUACCUGUUUAAAGGAGCCGUGAACCAAGAGGAAGCGUUCACCGACAAUUCAGGAAUUCUACGUAGAAGUGUUUUUGACAAAAAAAAAAAUACUAUUUUGGAAACUGCUUAAUACUUAAAGAAGUGUAGUUAAAGAGGUUUAUGAAAUUAAAACACAAGCAGAUGAGCGCAACCAAGAGGAUUAAAGGCAAACAUGUUAAGAAAAUGAGGAAAACAAUACAGGCUAAUUAGAGAAGAGCUCGGAGUGGGAAUUUCAUUCGGUGAACAGCCGGACAAUGGCUUGAGUUUGUUUUUCUUUCUUUUUUUUGGGCUGCGAAGAAGCCGCAUUCAUGACCGAGGAGACGGAAAAGAAACUUUACCGCGUGUGCGUGGAAUAUUUCAUUCUAUGAAACUAUUGCGUUUUCUUGUCUGUCGGCGGAACCACCUGUUUCUAGACGGAUUUUAUUGAUUCAUCAUGUCUAAAGUGGUACAGAAAAAGAAUCACUGGACCACCAAAGUUAACGAGUGCUCGAUCUGUAAGGACGCCCGCGGCGAGCUGAACGUGCAGCUCCUCGGCGGAGCGGAGAAUGGGGAGUUCGCCUACAUCGGACCCGUUAACGGGAAUGCCGUACAGUACAGACAUGGGAAAGUGUCCGAGGGGGAAUUACUGCUGGAAGUGGAGACCCUCUCUGUCUCUGGUUUGCCGCUGUAUGAUGUGCUGACAGUGAUCAAGAACUGCAAGGGACCUAUAAGGUUGAAAACUGUGAGGCAAGGAAAUAAACUCAAUAAAGACCUGAAACACUACCUGAGCCAAAGGUUUCCGAAAUCCUCUGCUGACUACGAGCUUCAGCAAACCAUACGUGACAACCUCUACCGCCACGCUGUGCCUUGUGAGUACACUUAUUCUCUAUACUGUACACUGCUGUAUGUUGCCCUACUUCAUUCUUUUGCUAAGUUCAUGUGCAGAAGCUGUGUGAGCCUCAAAGUGAAGGCUGGACUGUUUGUUCUGAGGCAGUGGAAGGAGGACACGUCAAUAUUUAAAGAAAUCCUCCUUUUGAUUGUGUAGGUGGCAGCCAUGUUCCUGGAGAGGUGUGAUGAAAUAGUGUGUGUGUUUUUUUUUUUAUCCUUGUAGAGGAAGAGAGUAUUGGACAUAUGUGCAGUUGAGUAGACGUGCUUCGAUUCUAUAAGACCGAUGUUUCUAGAAGUCCAGAGAUUUUCCCUUGUGUGCAUCCGUCUAUAGAAACAGGCAGAGAUUUUCAUGUAUUUUAAAGAGGUAACGCUGCAACUGUGUGUGUAUAGAAAAUAGACCUUUUCAUAUGUGCACAUGCUACCAGUUACAUUUAAAUAAUUUGACGCUAAAGCUCUGCUGCAAAACCUAGUAAACUGCCUACCUGCAUCAUAGACAUCAUCAAAGCUGUUCUAAAAAGUAGGAAGCAACAUUGUUCUUUUGGUAUUAUCAAUGAUUAAUCCCAGAAGGUAUU